AUGCCGAGGGAAAUUAUCACCGUCCAGGCCGGACAAUGCGGCAACAGCAUUGGAAGCCAGUUUUGGCAGCAGCUUUGCCAGGAGCACGGAAUCAAUCAAGAUGGAAACCUUGAGGACUUUGCGACCGAGGGAGGCGACCGAAAAGACGUGUUCUACUACCAGAGUGACGAUACAAGAUACAUCCCGCGAGCCAUUCUAGUCGAUCUCGAACCAAGAGUAAUCAACGGCAUUCAAACUGGCCCCUACAAGAACAUCUACAACCCCGAGAACUUCUUCGUUGGGAAGAAUGGCGUCGGCGCCGCGAACAACUGGGGUGACGGAUACCAGACGGGUGAGGUUGUCUGCGAGGACAUCAUGGAGAUGAUCGAUCGCGAGGCCGACGGAAGUGACUCUCUGGAGGGCUUCAUGCUAUUGCACUCAAUAGCUGGCGGUACCGGAUCCGGUCUAGGAUCCUUUCUCCUCGAGCGCCUCAACGAUCGGUUUCCCAAGAAGAUUAUCCAAACAUACUCAGUCUUCCCAGACACAACAAACGCAGGAGAUGUCGUUGUUCACCCUUACAACAGCGUGCUCGCCAUGAGGAGGCUGGUACAAAAUGCCGACUCCGUCGUCGUGUUGGAUAACGGAGCCCUUUCACGCAUUGCAGCCGACCGACUUCACGUUCAAGAGCCAUCGUUUGCCCAAACCAACCAACUUGUCUCGACAGUCAUGUCAGCAAGCACAACCACACUGAGAUACCCCGGAUACAUGCACAACGACCUGGUCAGCAUUCUGGCCUCGUUGAUUCCUACCCCAAGAUGCCAUUUCUUGAUGACAGCAUACACGCCAUUCACUGGCGACCAGGUCGAACAGGCCAAGACGGUGCGAAAGACAACGGUGCUGGACGUCAUGCGCAGACUGCUGCAGCCCAAGAAUCGCAUGGUCUCGACGCAGCCCGGGAAGAAGAGUUGCUACAUCUCCAUCCUAAACGUCAUCCAGGGCGAGGUGGACCCCACAGACGUUCACAAGAGUCUGCUUAGAAUCCGGGAACGACGACUGGCAACUUUCAUUCCCUGGGGCCCAGCCAGCAUUCAGGUGGCCCUGACGAAGCGGAGCCCCUACAUCCCGAUGGCCCACCGCGUCAGCGGUCUGAUGCUGGCCAACCACACCAGCAUUGCAACUCUCUUCAAGAGAAUCGUCAGACAGUACGACGGCAUGCGGAAGCGCAAUGCAUUCAUGGAAGGGUACAAGAAGACGGCGCCAUUUGCAGAGAACUUGGACGAGUUUGACGAGGCCCGCGAGGUGGUGCAGGACCUUAUUCAAGAGUACGAGGCCGCAGAAGAUGCCGACUACCUGAAUCCCGACACUGGAGAUAAGGCGACUUCAGCUGAAACCGACAAGAGGAUGGGUUAA